AUGCACGACUUGCCCCCGGCCAGCCCCACCGCCGGGGCCCGCUCGCCUCCGCCGACGGCCGGCUCUCUCUCCAGGGUUGUGGGGAACAGCGAUGUUUCGAGCGGGGACUGCCGCCCUCGGCUCCAGGUGGUCGAUCCCGGCUGCCCAGACGCGGCCAAGAGCCCUGCCUGGCGCCGGGGCGUCAGCAAGAGCCUGGAAAGCCUUCUCCCGGCCAGUCCCUCGGGCCAGCCCCUGCCCUUGCCCAGAUGCCGCAGCGACAGCGCGCUCCGGUCCCUGCUCCGAGGGCCGCCGGACGGCGUGGAACAGCUCCUGCUCCCGAAGUUUGAUCCCGAGCCGGACGCGGCCUUGGGCGAGGCUGUGCCCCUGGGAGGCGCCGCGGUGGACUCAGCAGCGGCGGAGGGCGGCCAGAGCAGCCGGCGGCACCCCCUCGCAGAUGCCCACGAGGGCCCCUUCAAGCCGCCUGCGGUCACCGUGCGGAAGCUGCAGAAGUGGAUGUACAAAGGCCGCCUGCUCUCGCUGGGCAUGAAAGGCCGUGGCAGCGCGGCUGGGCCUUCCUCCCCUUCUCCCUCCAAGGCCAGCGGGACCCGCGGGCUGCUUCUAGGCAGAGAAGAGGGGUCGACGGUUCCUUCUUCCGCCCACAUGAGGGGGGGACCCUUCAGCAAAGCUCUAGUGUCCCCUUCCGACCAAAGAAUUUUGCUGACAGAUUUGAUUGAAAAUGUUUACAUACCCUCUGUGAGCAGAAGAGAACUUAAGAACUUCAGAUCUAGUGAAAUGGCUGAAUGCAAGCCUCGAAUUGCUAGCAUCACAGUGUCUAAGAAACAAAAUUGGUUACAUCAGAGUUCUCCAAGACCACCUAACUUGGAGAAAGGAAAUUCUUACAAGAAAAUUUUGGGAGAAACUCACCAGGUACUUAAAUCUCCCAGUUCUUUGCUUGAUCCCAAAAUGCCUCAGACCUUUCCCAAACCUUUAGGGUAUGAAAACCCUAACAGAAGAGAUGGUUCUGCGCAUGCUGCUGUGAAUGGAGCAAGCCCUUUGGCACUACGAAACUGUACUUUAGAAUUUGGUGAAGAUAAUGAUGCAGAUGAUGAAGGAGAAAUAUGGUACAACCCUAUCCCUGAAGAUGAUGAGCCUGACUUCCCUUGUUUUGUUCAUAAUAAUGCUGACAAUUCAGAAUCCCAAGCCAUGAAUUGCAAGAUAUCCUCUGCAAAUGACUUGAUUAAAGUUGUAGUGCAUAAUGAAGGUCUUCCACAGUCUUUCAGCUGUAUUGGAGAUGCUCAGCCCAGGGAAACCAGUCAAGUCAAUUGUGUACAUUCCAUGGAACAUUUGCAAGUACAGAAGCCAAAGCCUGCAUGCACUAUUGUGAGUGGGUUUAUAACCGAGGAUAGUUCUACAUUAAAAGGUUCUUCAGGAGGAACCGGAAUCUUGUCUGCAAGCAAAACUGAAACCGGAGCAGCCGAAUGUUCUCCUUCAAGUCCUAAUCCUUCAAAAAAAGGUGGUUCAAUAAACUGGUAUUUCCCUGAUAAAAUAAAAUCCCCAAGAACUGUGAGGAAGCUUUCUAUUAAAAUGAAAAAAUUACCAGAACUCAUAAGCCGGUAUCACCUUGAUAGCAGUGUGUCUUCCCAACACAAUUACAAAAAGAAAAGCAAUGGGAGUUCCAAGUCCUCCAGCAAAGGAGGCUACCUCAGUGAUGGAGACUCCCCUGAGCUUAUAACAAAAUCAGGGAAACAUGCAGCUGAAAGCAGGGCUGGGAAAGGAAAGGAAGCGUUCCCCAACAAUAAUGGUAGUAAAGUAGAAAUUGACAUUGAUGCUUUCAGACAUUACAGCUUUUCUGACCAGCCUAAAUGUUCCCAAUAUAUAUCUGGGCUCAUGAGCAUUCAUUUCUAUGGAGCUGAGGAUUUGAAACCACCACGGAUGGACUCAAAAGAUGUCUUCUGUGCAAUUCAGGUAGAUUCAGUUAAUAAAGCAAGGACUGCCUUGCUGACAUGCCGAACAACCUUUUUGGACAUGGACCACACUUUCAACAUAGAAAUUGAAAAUGCUCAGCAUUUAAAACUAGUGGUCUUUAGCUGGGAGCCCAUGCCAAGGAAGAAUCGUGUCUGCUGCCAUGGGACAGUGGUUCUCCCUGCUCUUUUUCGAGUGACAAAGACUCACCAGUUGGCAGUAAAGCUGGAACCUAGAGGGCUUAUUUAUGUCAAACUGACGCUUCUGGAGCAGUGGGAGAACUCUCUUAAUGGACUAGAUGGAGAACGAGAGCCGGUAAUAUUUGGCGUCGAUGUUCGGAAAGUUGUUGAGAAGGAAAAUGUAGGCUUGAUGGUGCCCCUCUUAAUGAAGAAAUGCAUUAUGGAGAUUGAAAAGAGAGGCUGCCAGGUUGUAGGCCUGUACCGUUUAUGUGGCUCAGCAGCUGUCAAGAAAGAGCUCCGAGAAGCAUUUGAAAAGGAUAGCAAAGCGGUCACUCUCUGUGAAACCCAGUACCCAGAUAUAAAUGUGAUAACAGGUGUCCUCAAGGAUUAUUUAAGAGAACUGCCUUCCCCCUUGAUAACCAAACAACUCUAUGAAGCAGUAUUGGAUGCCAUGGUGAAAAACCCAUUGAAAAUGACAACAAAUGGAUGUGAUAAUGACCCUAGUGAUUCUGAGCACACAGUGUCCCUCUUGGAUUGCCUGCCGGACAUUGAGAAGGCCACUUUAAGGAUGCUGUUGGACCAUCUGAAAUUGGUGGCUUCAUACCAUGAAGUAAACAGAAUGACAUGCCAGAACCUAGCUGUUUGUUUUGGGCCUGUAUUGUUGAGCCAGCGGCAGGAAACCGCCAACCAUAACAACAGAGUAUUCACUGAUUCUGAAGAGCUUGCUAGUGCCUUGGAUUUCAAAAAACAUAUAGAAGUUCUACACUACCUACUUCAGCUGUGGCCAGUGCAACGUUCAGCUGCCAAAGAAUCUGCAUUGCCUGAACAGCAAUCCUCAGUGAACUAUCUGAGACCUAAGAAGCAACGACCUCAGAUGUUGAACUUGAACAGUACUGCAAUAUCAGGGAUACUGAGGUCCAGGCCAGCCAGACUGGAUAGUCCUUCAAGUAACCGCUAUGCUGGAGACUGGAGUGGUUGUGGGGAGAACUACUUCAUAAACCCCAAAGAGGCUCUGAGUGAAGCGGACUAUGAUGAUGUCCCCUCAGAAGAUGCAGAAAGUGGAGAUGAUGGCAGCAGAGCAGAUGGCUCAGAUAAGCUAAUUGAGCAACCCAAUUGCAUGUCCAAAGAGCAUACAUUUCAGGCCUAUUUGGCAAUGCAAACAAUGGAUUCUUCAGUAAACCACAGAGUAAACCUCAAAGACCUGCAGGAAAGCAUUGAUACUUUGAUAGGAAACCUGGAACGGGAACUCAAUAAAAACAAGCUCAAUAUUCGUUACUAAUAAUAAUCUUCUGCACGAUGUCUCUGGUUAGUAUAUCCUUUCCCCAGUUUCUGUCCCAAGAUUUUUUUUUGGGGGGGGGGGGAAUGAUCCAGACCUUGGUUGGAGUGCCUGUAUUUUAAUUGCAUUGUGCAGUGGUUAUGAUCCUCCAGUAGGCUUAGUGCCUUUGAUUACACAAUGUUGCUUUUUGCUGUUUUCUUCCCAUCCACCCCCUUCUUGUUUUGAAGAAGGGAUUGCCCCCCCCCAAGAAGUGAUAUGUUAGUGAAAAUGACUGUAGAAUUUUCCCUUCCUCUUCUUUAAGGUACUAUGCACUUAUGAAGUUUAGACAGUUUAUGCAAGAUAUGCAAGGCAUCCCCUCUGUCUACUUUUCACAGGAAGAGCACUCCUUGUUCCUGAAAGU